ACGUUAACGAAGAGAAAUCCUCCGUAGUCCGUGUCCUACGGUGAUCUAAAAAGCCGUCUACGUCAAAAAUCCAGACUUGGGUUGGAAUCACAUCCCGCGACGUUGGAUCCGAAUGGGAAAAAAGGGGGGGGGGGAAUCGAUAGACGAGAGACCAGAGACGGAAAACGAGGCGCAAUCCUCCAGAGAAUCAAACAAAACAAACACAAGCCAGUCUAGUCCCUCAUCAGAUCUUCUCAAUCAAGCCACGCCGCAAAGCUGCAGGGGCUCGGAAUCCUCUCCUGGCGUGGGAUCCUCCCAUCAUUCGACCACAUCGAAAACCGUCCUCAACCAACGAAGCAAGAGUCUAGCAAAAACCAUUCGCUUUGCAGCUGCCAAACACCCAGAGCUCCACUUGCAGCCGUCAGUGGAUAGUUCAGCCGAAUUCCCCUACGAGGCCAAAGGGGGCUUCUCAUCCAACAAGCGUGUGCCGAAUUAGUGGUUUUGGUUGGUGACGUUAGUUCCCGAGCAAGUUCUGCUCGCCGUGGGGCCUCUAGAAAGCCUGUGCGUAGAAGGGUAAGGUGAGAGCAAGUUUUGACAUGACAGGGCUACUUCGCUAUUGUAAUGUUUCUGUCAAAGCCAUUGGGGGGAAAACCG